UUCUAUCUCAAUCUCACACAAAACCACAUACCAUGCUCUCUGCUUCUUCUUCUUCGACGACCUCGACAGUCUUCACCGCUCCUUUCUUCUCCGCUACGCCCGCCCCCAAACCCCUGUCACGCGUCCGCUUCCAGCCCGCUCGAGCCUUCUCCACCGGCGCCUGCGCUUCGGAAGAGACCGCCGCGGCGUCGUUUCUGGUCUCACCUCCUCACCAGACCUCGCUCUACGACGUACUCGGCAUCCCCUCUGCUGCCACAUAUCACGAGAUCAAAACGGCAUACCGUCGGCUCGCGAGGGUCUGCCACCCCGACGUGGCGGCGAUGGGGCAGGAAGGCUCGUCGGCCGACGAAUUCAUGAGGAUCCACGAAGCCUACUCCACGCUCUCCGACCCGGCAAAGCGCGCCGAGUACGAUCAGAAGAUAUUCCGGCGGAUCAGGCCGUUGUCGGCGGAUUAUUCCGGGUACUUCACCGGCCGGAACUGGGAGACCGAUCAGUGCUGGUAGCAGAGUUGACUCGCCUGGUAACGUAACGUAGCUAAUAUUCAUAUUACUACGACUAAUCAAAGAUUUUGUAAAUAUUUUAGAAGUAAAUUAGCGCAACACAGACUGCAAUCAGAGCCGUUGAAUAUUUGAUGAUGGUCUCGGGUGUUGCCGGAGAUGUUAUUGUGGGUGACAAAACAUUACUGUAAUUUUGCCGGAGUAGCGCCAAAAUACCAAAAAAGAAUAUGAAAAAAAGAAGCAGAAAUUGUGUAUUACUGUAAUUUAGUAAUGUUGUGUAUAACUAGGGAGGCAAGUCAGGCAACAACCAUUUUUUCUUUCUUUCUUGUGAAAUUCAGGUUUAUUGUGAAGUUUAUAUUUGAUGAUACUAUAAUACAUGUGAUUGGGGCUCAAUCACUUGAAAUUAUGCUUCAA